UUCUCCAUCCACUCAAUGAUGUUUUUUUCCUUCCCUCAUCUUAUUAUGCUAUCACCUUUUGCCAUUUAGUAGUUAUAUCAAUGUUCAUUCACUACCCUCUCUCUUAGCUUCUUUCUCUCUCAUAUCCAAUUUGCUUUCUUUCUCUCUUAGUAGCUUGCAAUAAAUUAGGGUUUCCUCUUUAAGGGGGUGUAUGUGCUUCAAUUCAUUCUCUCUCUCCCUCUCUCUCUCUCUUUCAUUGGAUAUUUUGUCUUGUGAGGGUAAAAUAGCAUAGCUUCUGAAUUGAAGGAUCUCUCUCUCUCUCUCUCACAAGGGAAAAAAAAUAAAAGGUACUUCCCUUUUAGUUUAUCUGAUCAAGGAAAAAACCUAUACAUACAUCACAAACAGAGAAAAAUGGCAUCAUCAAGCUCUUACAACUCUCCAUGUGCUGCUUGCAAAUUCUUGAGGAGGAAGUGUUUGCCAGGAUGCAUCUUUGCACCUUACUUCCCACCUGAAGAACCCCAAAAAUUCGCGAAUGUUCACAAGAUCUUCGGCGCGAGCAAUGUCACCAAGCUUCUCAAUGAGCUUCUGCCUCAGCAGAGGGAAGACGCAGUGAAUUCCCUCGCAUACGAGGCAGAAGCUCGUGUGAGAGACCCUGUUUACGGCUGCGUUGGCGCCAUAUCUUACCUUCAGAGACAAGUCCAGAGACUUCAGAAGGAACUUGAUGCUGCCAACGCGGAUCUUCUUCGCUACGCUUGCAACGAAAUUCCUCCUCCACAUCAUCAUGUCCCAACCCUAGCACCACCAUUAACUCCCACAAUUCAUCAUCAACUUACACAAAGGCACUUUGGUGGUGCAAGAAUUGGCAAUGAUCAUGGAAUUGGAUUUUAUAGGCAAUCUCCAACCACCUAUUCCUUCCCUUAUUCUCUUCCAUGGAAUGAGGACAUCAAUGGUGGAGGAGCAGAAGGAGGAGGUAAUUUAUGAUCAUGAUGAUGAUCAUUAUGAAAACUACUAUGUUUUUGCAAUGUUGUGUCCAUCUUCUAGGGUUGGCAUAGCAUGGCAUGGUAUGAGGGUAUUAUAUAUCUAUCUAUAUAAUAAUAAUAAUAAUUAAUAAAUAAAUAAUAAAUAAUUAUAUGU